AUGCGUAGCGCUGAAGGCAUUCAACUCGGUCCUAUUUCAACACGUACAAAGUCAUCACAAUCCUUCUUCCCCUAUUCACAUAGCCAACAAAUUCCACACAUCCACAGACGACGUGGCUUAGAAAUGGACACUGUACAGACCUCGGCACCAUAUCCAGACAUUCCCAAGCCCGAACGUCCUUUUGGCCUUAAAGAGUCCAAGACUUACCAUCCAUCAGUAGAAGAAUUCGCUGAUCCCAUUGCUUAUAUCGAGUCAAUACGACAUGAUGCAGAAAAGUACGGGGUUGUUAAAGUCGUACCGCCUUAUGGUUGGAAACCCAAUUUUAGUUUGGAUACAGAAAGAUUCACAUUUAAGACUCGUCUUCAACGGGUGAAUCAAAUGGAAGGAGUAACGAGAUAUAAACUUACUUACGUGGAUCAAUUAAGACAGUAUCACGCCCAGCAAGGAAGGCCCUUCGCCCGCUUACCACAGCUGGAUCGUCGGCCAAUCGAUCUGCACAGAUUAGCAAAGGCAGUAAAGAUUAGAAGCGGGCCUAAAGAGAUAACACGAAAAAAACAGUGGGCAGAGGUUGCUCGGGAGAUUAAUGGUGGUGACUACUCUCGGAAAUGCACAUCAGCGUCCAAAACAAUAAAAGAAAAAUAUUUUGAAAUAAUAGACCCGUUCGAGCAAUAUGUGCAUAAAGCAAGAAAGGUUUCUAAAAGCAAAGCCAAGAAAGUCACAUACGAAGAACAGAUGUCGCUAUGUGGUGACUGCGAUCAACAAAUACAACGAGGAGAGCGCGGUUUACUCUGCCACGGUGAUUGUGAGCGAAGAUAUCAUCGUCGCUGUAUGGGAAUAGACGAUCAAACAAAGAUAUCACGUCGCUGGUUAUGUCCGUACUGCUUAAUUAGGAUGGGACUUGAAUUCGGAUUUGAUGAAGGAACGACGUAUACACUUCGACAAUUCAAGAAGAAAGCAGAUGCAUUUCUCGAACAUUAUCUGCAAAGCCAUCCGCUGCCCGAAAAUGAGGGCGAGUCUAUGGAUUUGGAAAGCCAUCUGGAGCAUGAGUUUUGGCGGUUAGCAGGUUCGCUAGACGAAACUGUGGAAAUCGAAUACGGAGCAGAUACGGAUUCUUAUAGCUAUGGAGGCGGAUUUCCUGAUACGGAAAGACAUCCUACUAAUUUAUAUGCUCGUGACCCAUGGAAUCUACGUAAUUUAGCUUACCUUCCGAAUAAUCUUCUUGGCGCUGUACAACCAGAUAUUCCAGGAAUGAUGGUACCGUGGUUGUACGUUGGGAUGACCUUCAGCGCGUUCUGCUGGCACGUCGAAGACCAUUUUACAUAUUCAAUUAAUUACAAUCACUGGGGUGCAACCAAGACAUGGUACGGGAUACCUGCAUCGGAAGCCACUAAAUUCGAGAACGCAGCCAAAAAACUCUUGCCAGAGCUGUUCAAGAUUUCUCCAGAUUUAUUAUCACAUUUGGUAACUAUUUUAGAUCCAAGAAAAUUAGUCGAAGAAGAAGUUCCAGUUUACGUUAUUGAUCAGAGGCCAGGCCAGUUCGUGGUAACAUUUCCUCGAGCAUACCACGCAGGUUUUAACCAUGGCUUUAAUUUGGCUGAAGCAGUAAACUUUGCAUUACCUGACUGGAUAUCGUUUGGCGAAGAUGCAGUUGAGACAUACAAGUUGACAAAGAGAAAUCCAGUAUUUGCGCAUGACCAGCUGUUAAUCGAAUAUGCUCUCAGACAUUACAACGAAUACAAUACAGCGGAAUGGCUACAUGAACCGUUAAAUCGAUUAAUUACGAGAGAACUCGCUCAAAGAAAACGAAUUGCGUCUACUCUUAAUUUGGAGAUUGUCUAUGAACCGUUCGAUCGACCUGAUAAUCUUAUUCAAUGCAAGCAAUGUAAUACGUUUAGCUAUCUGUCUCAGGUGAUAUCAAAAUGUAUGCCAGCCAGUUUGUGUCAUGACCAUGCGGAAGAUCGUGUAAGCGAAAUAUGUCGAUGUGGGAAGAAUUGCGCUUAUCUGAGGAUACGAUACCCUGAAAAUAUAUUACGUAAUUUGAUGGAAUGCACAAAAACAGUUGCCGACAAAGCGGAAGAAUGGAUUUUAUCUGUCGACAGGUACUUUGCCACUGUCAAAAAUCCCGAUUUGGACGUACUGAGAAUGUUCUGUCAUGAAGCAAUGGUCAACGGGUAUCCCGUCGACUUGAGUAGCUUAGCAUCGUUUAUUGAGACAGCUGAGGAAUGGACAUUAGAAGCAGAUGUUAUAUUUAAGCGAUUGAAUAGACACAUAUGGCACGUGGACGAGAUUGGUGACGAGUUCCUGCGGAAGUGGGACGAGAGAGUUGAGAAAUGUAUAUCUGGGGUAAUUUUUAAUCGGUCCGCGGGUCGUAGUAAGAAUGGCUCGGUGUAUUGCUGUUGUCGAAGUGGCGAUUCAAAGUCGUUUAUGAUACAGUGCGACAAGUGUGACGAAUGGUAUCACGGAACGUGUGUAAACGCUAGAGAAGGCGAUUAUGAAGAGGUCGAUUGGACAUGUCCGGUAUGUAACGGGCAGACAGCAUACGUCGGGACGGAGCAAAUCCGACAGCUCUUGAAUAGAGCAAACGAGUUGAUGUGUACCCCUCCAAUGAGUAAGGAGUUUGUUAGGAUAGCGACCAAGUUAUUAUCAUGGGUGGACGGUCUGCCGACGGCGAAUAAUGGAACGCACUCGAUUAACGAUCUUAGAAAAGCAUGGGGAAUGGGGAUUCAUCUGAUUCAUCCGCACUCGUCGAUCCUAAAGUCAUAA